UUGUGUCAAUUUGACAAAAUAUUUCAGUGAGAGAUAUUUUCCUGCCGAGCAUUAUUUGUGGUUGAUAACGUGACGACUCUGGACCAUAACACAACGAUGGCUGCUGCCUUGCGUCCGAGGGCUGCUCAAGCCCUUCGUGUGGUCCUCAACGGAUAUGGAUUUCGACCUUGGCAUCAAACCCGAGCAUUUUGUAAGAUUCCUCCAGAUGAUGCCAAACCAGUGGAGGAGAUACAGAAAUCUCAAACAGAAAAGCAACAAGAACAGACAGGAGACAUAAAUAAAACUGCAUUGAGGACUGAAGAAUCUCUGAAUGAAGGAAAGCUGGAGAUUGCACAGAGUUCUGAGAAGCUUCUCACAGAAGUGAAGCAAGAUCGGUCGUUACAUAAAAUGGUGUCCUCUACGAUAGAUAAAGACCAUUCUCAGGAUAACAAACAAGAUGCCACACAAAAAAUGGAGGUGCCUUACGAAGAAGACAAAAUUGACCACUCAGUAGACACGAUUGCCACAGGGCAAAAGAUUGAAGAAGCUUUGACUGGAGUGAAACAAGAGACCAAGGACGAGAUAUUACCACAAAAGGGUGAGAAGGUUGUUACUGAAAAGGGACAGAUAGCAGCCCAAGUUAGUGAAGAGUCAAUUGUUGAAAAGAAAGAAGAGAAUGUAGUUGAUAAAGGCACAGCUGCCAAGAAAAAGCUUAAUGAUCUUCUCACAUCACUAGCUACAGCAGAGAUCAUACCAGUGGAGCCCACGUUGAAACUGUCUAGACCUAAAGCUCGACAGAAGAAAAAGGACAAGAGUAAAGAGCCUGCUCAGGCAGCUGAUCCUCUCAUUGGAUCUGAGCUGCUCUCUGCAACCAAAGAAGUGGCAGAAAAUCUGGGUGGUGACACAAAGGCCACCGAGUCUGAGUUGCUGUCUGCUCUGAGAUCGCACGCUGCAAAUGAAUUGCCUGAUGAAAAACCAGUUGCUCUGAGUGAUUUGCUUGUGGGUAUGAAAGUCGAAAGAAAGCAGAGCAAGUCAGUACGAGAAUUUCCUCGUCCUAAGCGUUACGAUCGAGAGCACGAGGCUUCCCAGAGAGGUUCGAGAGAUGGAGCACAGGACCAAAGAAGGUGGCAAAGGACUACGAGUAAAUCUGAACCCAGAACACUGGCUCCUGUUGACCUUUUUGGUACAGAAUGCCUUGGCAUUUUUAGCAAAGAGCCGAGCAAGGAAAGGAAAAGUAUGGCAGAGGCCGCGCCUUUGUUACCCGUAUGGGAGACUACACACCAGCGGGAGGUACAGCAGUCUGUGUCUCACCCACCUGAAAAUGCUUUUGUUGAAAUGAUACAGUGGACAAAGCAAGGCAAAUUAUGGACAUUCCCCAUUGAUAAUGAAGUUGGCCUUGAGGAGGAGAAGAGUGUUGGAUUCCACGAGCAUGUCUUCUUGGAGCGUCACCUAGAGGGCUGGUGUCCACCGCGCGGACCCAUCAGAAACUUCAUGGAAUUAGUGUGCACCGGACUUUCCAAAAAUCCUUACAUCACUGUGGAGCGUAAGCACGCGCACAUACAGUGGUAUAAGAACUAUUUUGCAGAAAAGGAACAGUUGCUGAAGGAACUUGGAGCAAUAGAAUCUUCUCCUAAACUUGGUAAAGAAAACACCGUAUGAAACUGGAAGAGUUUUUCAUACAUAGGAUAUUGUUAGUACUGUACUAAAUAUAAAUAUUCUGCAGUUUAGGAGAAUAACUUUGCUUAAUCAGAGAGGGAACACUUGUGUGCACCAAGCAAUUGUUCAGUACCACUGGAAGUUGUGAAGGCUGGCUGGUAUUGGCUAAUUUGAAAAAACUUGACUGUCAUCAGUUCCUCCACUUGUAUAUUCUUUAUUCUAUGAUGAGUCUAAUGAAAGUACUAGUAUGCUGAUUAUUUGUUUUCAGCAAAGAAAUAAUUGAUUAAAAUGGACUAAUGGUUCAGAAUCAAUGACAAAACAAUGGUAAUACAUAAUAUGGUGGGUACGGCAACUUGUUUAGUGUAAACAGCUUCUAUUAUCAUUGUAAAUUUGUGUAAAUAAUAACUGUUAUAGA